CUGUGAGGACCAGCUCUUCCCCUCUGUUCAGAUCAUGAAAGCAAACAUCUUUUUUUAUGCAGCUCAAAUCAUCCUGCCAGUAAUCCAGCAUAUAGCGAUAUUUGAUCACACUAAACCUUAGAAUAUCAAUAUUGGAUAGAAAAUACUUCUAACAUUUUGCCAAUAGAAAACUCUUUGGGUUAGGGUGGGGGUACGCUAUGGGAGAGGACCCUCGGCAACAGCUCUGGUGGCUCCUGACGGUGUACGGGAGGGACUUGAUGAGCCGUAUGGGCCAUCAAGGCCUCACCUCCACCUUUGGCUCCAUUUUAAACAUGGAUUCCACAAAGAAGGUCAAAAGGACAUCAACAACAAUGCAUGAAAUAUCCCAGCUUUGUUAUAGUCACAAAUGUGUCAAUGUUUAUUUGAUGUGCAUUUUUGCGUGUGUAAAUCCCUAUUUUAUGUGUUUAUUCCUAGAUGUACUUUCGUGUAUAUAUUUAGCUUCUGUUUUCUUUUUAUUCUAAGUUCUAUUAUUGUUUUGAAAGCCCUCCGCUGUGUGGAGCCGCCAAGGGGACAGUGCUCUGGGUGUCCUCCGUCAGCAAUGAGAAGGGGCGGGUCCUGACCAGCGCCCUGACAGCCCAGGAGGGACCUGGACUGGACCGGAUGGUGUCAGGCCUCAUCAGGCGCUACAGCGUGGCGGGCUGGACCGGAUGGUGUCAGGCCUCAUCAGGCGCUACAGCGAGGCGGUCGUGGACCGGAUGGUGUCAGGCCUCAUCAGGCGCUACAGCGAGGGGGGCGUGGCUCCCCCUAUACUCCUCUAUGUGGACUGUGGCUGCUGCGAGGAGGCGGGAGGGGAGAGCGAGCUGAAGGCCAGGUUCGGCGGCUGGCCAGACCUCGUCAUCCGGCUGGACGCCUGGCACUUCCUUCGGCGGCUUGCGGCCGGAUGCACGACGGACGCCCACGCCCUGUACCCCAUCUUCAUGGCCACGCUCUCCUUCUGCCUGUUCGAGUGGGACCCUGAAGAUGUGGCCCUUCUGCGCCACGCCAAGAGGGAGGAGCUCCGGAGGGAGGGUGUGCCCGGCAUCUCCGAGGCUCUGGUGGACGGCCGAUUGACCGAGGCCCAGUUGGCGCAGUACUGCAGGCGGAGGACCCGCGCAGAGGAGGCCCCCGUCCGCCAGGUGGAGGCCCUGCUGCUGGAGCUGAUGGGGGACAGAGGCUGGGACCUGCUGGGUGUUCCCCUCCUGGACCGGGGGAGGAUGGAGCACAUCUGGCGGGCUCAGAAGAGGCACGUCCUGCAUCCAGGACCUGCCAGGUGUGCCUCUGUACACAAAGACCGGCACCACCUCCACCAAGGAGGGUGUCGUCCUCACCAAGUACAGGUGUGCGCGAGGUUCAACGUCCCUGGAGUCCUUCCACUGCCACCGGAACCGCUUUAUUCCAGCCAGCUCUACCUUCUGGACGGGCUGAACCGGUGGAACCAGGACCGGGCUGCUGCUGCUGUGGCUGAGGAGAGGUCUGCUCUCCUCAGCUACUCGGGGGACCUGGUACACUGUGUCAACACAUGUGGCACCAAUGUGUUUGGACAGAUGUUGGUCCCCUCCUUCCGCUUCCCCACCGAGUAAACUGGGGAAGGGGUACCGCUCAAGGUGGAGUCUGAUCCUGCGAGACUACCGCAGGCCCAGGCAGCUCAUCCUGACCAACGGGGCCGUGAUGUCCCCCACCAGCCUGCAGCUGGUUGAGGUGAACCAGACCACCUUCACCCAGUGGCCCAACAGCAGGGUGUCUCCGUGCUGGGCCAGGGUGUGGACCUGCCUGCCCCCCCCCUGUGGCCACCGGGGUCUUAACUCACACACACUGACACACCGACAGCACCACAUGACGGUUGGUCGAGGUCGGACUUGAACCAGCGACCCCGUGGUCAUGAGGCGCCGUCAGCCGCUAGCUGGGCGGUGCUCCUUCUGACGCUCACCGUCUGUCCGUCACGACUCUACCAUGACGUCAUCUGUCUGUGUUCGGCUGGGAGAAGGUUUGUCUUCGGGUUCAUUAUCUUUGAUGGAAGUGUGACGUUCUGAUGAGAGGGAAACGUGUAGAUUCAACAUUUAGAGAAAAAGGUGUGGAUAUAAAAUAUUAAUUCUGAUUUAAAAUAACUAACGAUGUCUAACAAGGCUUUGUCCAACUCACACAGCGCAGGUUUGAACGGGUCUACAUAUUGAACAA